AUGGCUUCUCAUAUCUUUCGUGAGAAGUCUUCGUUGAUACAAACAUUUCAACACCAAAUUACACAUCUGGAAUGUUUUUCAUCGAGUAUCACUCAUUUACGUAUGAAACUAAACAAUUUUGACGAUUGCCUUUAUCUGCUUGAUGGGCGUUUAAGUCAAUUGCAUACAUUUAUUGUCGAUCUUGAUUACAUUCAUGAGCCGACAAAGCUGAGAAGGCGUAACUCAUCGGUGCUUAUCCUUCACACAGUGAAACUUAUCAAUCAUGCGAAAAGUGCACUGAAACUCAAAUGUUUUUCCUUAUUUGUGAAGUUUGCAACAGCUUUAUUUAAUGAUCUAAUUGCACCGUUACUUCGACAAAUGUUCAAGUUAGAAAAACUUACUUUAUCUUUGCGUGUUCUUAAUCAAAAUUCAUUCAUGGAUGGUAUUUACCUGGAUGAUUUGAUACUCAGUCGAAUGUCAUAUUUACAUACAUUUCAUUUUGACAUUGUAACCGAGUCUAGUCAUUUUCCUGGACAACUGACACUAACUUGUGACGAUAUUCGACGAAGGUUCAUUGUAAGAGGACUUCAUGUGGAUUGUUCCAUCGAGUAUCGUUAUGACAGAGCAUAUCGGAUUCAUGUUUAUUCAAUUCCAUCCAAUAUGGAACAUAUACAAUGCAUUACAAAUUGUUUUUUUGGUGGGAUUUUUCCAAAUGUCAGAAGUCUAUGUGUUCGGGAUCUAAACUAUCCGUUCGAACACGAUUUCUUUAUUAAAAUUUCACAUUCAUUUCCAUUACUUAGUCGUCUAAUACUUACCAAUACAGAUGAACAAAAGGAGAAAUCAUCGCGACAGUUAAUGAAGACUGAAGAGAACUCCUCGACGAUUAUCGAAUAUCCUCAUCUUGUCGAACUUGUCUUUUCAACUGUGCAUAUCGAUUAUGUUGAAGAAUUUCUUUCUGACUUGAAUACACGUCUAAUCUCUCGUAUUNUUAUUAAAAUUUCACAUUCAUUUCCAUUACUUAGUCGUCUAAUACUCACCAAUACAGAUGAACAAAAGGAGAAGUCAUCGCGACAGUUAAUGAAGACUGAAGAGAACUCCUCGACGAUUAUCGAAUAUCCUCAUCUUGUCGAACUUGUCUUUUCAACUGUGCAUAUCGAUUAUGUUGAAGAAUUUCUUUCUGACUUGAAUACACGUCUAAUCUCUCGUAUUAUGCUUUGUGUUAAAUAUCAACAUUUAAAAACUGUCACGAGAAACUUCACAAGAGAUGCAACACGUGCCAAUUGUGCAAAAAUAAAGCAAAUUAUUUUUAGCGAUAAAUUGUCAUUGGUACAUUCGAGAGACUAUUAUAGAUAUUUUCCUUUAUUGUAA